GGCAGCGUAGAUCCAACGCUUGACGUCACGACGGCAUUCUUGGCCUGCGAGACGUGUUUUGGUCCUUUAUGCAGCUCUUCUGGUAAAUGUGAACGUAUUUUUGGUUUGCUUGGCGCUGUGGUGAAGUGGUCUGCAGAACUGCUACGUGCCUGCUAUGGAAGCGGGACCCAAAAGAAAGUUUUCACCCACGUGGGAGUAUUUUGACAUGAUUUCUCCCACCAAGGUGAAAUGUCGAAUUUGUGACAAAGAGGUCGGGUACAACAACAACACGUCGUCCAUGAUCAGACAUUACCGGUCUUUCCAUGAGCCUGGAGACAGAUCGAGCAACGAUGCCAGGAAACAGCUAUUAGACGAGGCUCUGGUUGACAUGGUGAUCAAGGACAGUCAGCCCUUUUCAGUGGUAGAGGAUGAAGGAUUUAGAGACUUUGUUGAUUUACUUGACCCAACAUAUAUUUUACCAACUAAACGGGCAUUGAAGUCUAUGGUGGGAGAAAAGUCUACAAAUGUCAAGUAGAAGGAAAAGGCUGAAUCGCAGUGGCGUCGUGGACAGAGUUAUCUCCUCCUGAAACAGCGGGAAGUGCAUCACCACGUCACCGAGAAGCCUGAAGGAAAAAAGAAAUGCAUCAAAAUGAACUGGAGCACAAAGGAGGGACUUGUUUAUAUUCUUUUUUAUUACACUGAUAUUUGUGUUUAUGAACAGUAGUGGGAUUCAACUAAGCUUGUUUCAGAAGAAUCUGAUUGUAUAAAUGCACAUAGGAUGGUAUAUCAUUAAUAAAUACACUGGAUUGCUGAACCAAA